AUGGAAAAUUUGGAAGACGAUGUUCCUCAGGAAGUGACAACUGCCUUGGCAGUUACAACAACAAUAACAACAACACCCUCCCCAAACAAUCAGUCGGUGACAACAACCAUGUAUCAACAAAGUGUUUCCCAAGCUAAUGAUGAUGAUUUGGAUGAAUCGGUUGUCAUCAUUGAACCCCAUAUUGAUGUUGUGGAUCUAACAGAGGCACCCACAACCAGUGCUGGCACUGGUGGUAGUGCUGCUGCCAUGGGUUUAUUAAAACCCAAAAUCGAAAAUCCUUCAGGUUCCAAGGAUGCCACCUCAAUGACCUCCUCCUCAACAAAUGAAAAUCCUUCAACAUCAAAUUUAAUGUCAUCAGCUGAAGCUGAUGCAGCAGCAGCCCUUGCUGCCAUUUGCAGUGGUUCCUCCGGGGCCAAUGUAAGCAGCAGUAGUAGUGGUACAUCGACCACCACCACCAAUCAAUUGGAAUGUCCUAUUUGUUUACAGACCUGCAUACAUCCGGCUCGUUUACCUUGUGGUCAUAUUUUCUGUUUCUUAUGUGUCAAAGGUGUUGCCUAUAAAAAUCGUCGCUGUGCCAUGUGUCGACGUGAAAUUCCCCCCGAAUUCCUGGAUCAUCCACAGCUGGUGAAUGGCAUUGAGGAUAUUUGCAGUACCCGGGCCACUGACGAUGGCUAUCAGUGGUUCUAUGAGGGUCGUAAUGGUUGGUGGCAAUACGAUGAUCGCACUAGUCAAGACCUUGAGGAGGCUUUCAAAAAAGGCGAACGUUCCUGUACCAUUUUGGUGGCCGGCUAUGUCUAUAUCGUGGACUUUGAUGCCAUGAUCCAGCAGCGUCAAAAUGAACCGGCCCGCUGCCGGCGGGUCAAACGUGAUUUGGCAACAAUACCCAAAAAAGGUGUAGCUGGUCUACGCAUUGAGGGUAAUACGGUGACAACAGAUUCGAAUUUUGCCCAGCAGGUCUAUCGUCAAAGUCGAUACCACAACGACGACCUGGAUCUCCAUGAAAAUGCUUUAAUCGGUGCUCACAAUAUGGAUGCCAACACGCCACAAGGAGGUCCCUUGCGAUUAUCCUCCUACGGCUUAGGUGGUUAUGUUAUUAAUCCCAGUGAAUUGGUAUCCACAGCGGCUGCAACAGAUGCCGCUCUACGGAUAGCUAGUGAUAUAAUAGGUUCCACAUUGGCACAUGCCGAUGAGCUGACACGUUCCACGACAACAAAUGCCGGACAACAUAUG